AUGAACAAUAAGUUGCAUAAAGAAGAAAUCAAGAAAACGAUAUGUGAACCAAGACCAGAUGUUGAUGAUGACAGUCUUGAGAAAGAGGUAGUGCUCUUGCAACAACACUGGCAUAAUAAUGAAGAAGGAUCUUCUCUCGAGCAUACAUUGUCUCCAACUUCGCAUAUAUCUUUUGGAUCGACUGGUGGAGGUGAGAGUGAUGGAAGUGGCGGUGACGGAGAUGGGGAAGGUGGAAACGGGGAUGCUGGUGCAGGUGGUAGUGGUGGUGGGGAUGGAGGUGGUGGUGAUGGUGUCGCUGUUGGCGCUGGUGAUGGGUAUGGAGGAGGUGGAAGCGGGGGUGCUGCUGCAGGUGGUAGUGGUUGUGGGGAUGGAGGUGAGGGUGCCAGUGGCGAUGGAGAUGGAGAUAGAGAUGGUGGUAGUGUUGGUGAUGGAUAUGGAGGAGGUGAAAGCGGGGUUGCAUGUGGUGGUAGAGAUGGAGGUGAGGGUGCCGGUGGUGAUGCCGAUGGAGGUGGUGGAAGCGGGGGUGCAGCUGGUGGUGAUGGAGAUGGAGGAGGUGGAGGUGAGGGUGCAAGUGGGGAUGGUGUCAAGGGUUCCGGUGGUGGUGGUGAUGUAGGGGGUGGAGGUGAGGGUGCCGGUGGUGGUGGUGAUGUCGGAGGUGGAGGUGAGGGUGUAGGCGGUGAGGGUGCCGGUGCCGGUGGUGAUUCUGAUGGAGAUGGAGGUGUUGGCGUUGUUGGUGGGGGGGAUGGAAGAGGUGGAGGUGAGGGUGCUGGUAGUGGUGGAUAUGGAGAUGGAGGAGGUGAUGGUGGCGGAGACGGAGGAGGUGGAGAUAAGGGUGCAAGUGGCGGUGGUGGAGAUUUUGGUGGGACUGGUGUUGGGGGUGGGAGACGAUUCGAUGGUGGUGGGGGAGAUGGACCACGUGGUGGUGGGGGAGAUGGACCACGUGGUGGUGGGGAUGAAACACGUGGCGGUGGGGAUGGAACACGUGGUGGUGGUGGGGAUGGAACUGGUGGCGGUGGAGAUGGAACAUGUGGAGGUGGGGGUGAUGGAGUUGGCGGUGGGGGUGAUGGGGGGUGGGGAUGGAACAGGUCGGUGCGGAAGGAGGUGGUGGAGAUGGAACAGGCGGCGACGGGGAUGAUGGAGGGCGGGGGUGAUGGAACGGGUGGCGGUGGGAUGAUGGAGGGCGGGGUGAUGGGGUGGGGGGAUGGAUUUGGAGGUGGGGGUGAUGGGACAGGUGGCGGUGGGGAUGAUGGUGGUGGGAGUGAUGGAGGUGGUGGCGAUGGAACAGGUGGCGGUUGGGAUGACAGAGGUGGGGGUAGGGGUGAAGGAGGUGGUGGGGAUGGAGUUGGCGGUGUGGGUGGUGGAGAUGGAGCACGUGGUGGGGGUGGUGGUGAUGGAGGGGUUGCUGUUCCGCAACAACACAAACAUUGA